GGUAGUUCACUGUUGACUGUCAGUGGCAGCUGGUAUAGCCAGCAGCCACACUGUAAACUGUUGAUGGCUUUUUGUGUUUGUUUACCUGCCAAGGGAAUCCAACUGGAAGAAUGAGGAAAGCCCCUCAUGCUAAAUAUAAUAUAACAUACACCAAGGACCACGAUUUAGGUAGAUGAAGAGAUUUAUGAUAUAAUUUAAUGUGAGUCUACUUGAGGAGUGUGACAAGAUGGAAGUGGUGAAUGUAUUGUUGAUGUUUGUGUCAGCAGUAACCAGUUUAAAGUGUAGAACGUCGGUGGAUGUUGGUAUAAGAUGGACAGUAGACUGUACUGGGAUGGAUUUGACGUCUGCACCUCCUGGGAUGCUUAUCCACCCUGUCAUAGCAUUGAACAUGAGCCACAACCGGUUGAUACACGUCCAAGAAUCUCUGUUCACCAACUGGACUGAUAUUUUAAUUUUAGAUCUUUCUUCAAACAGUAUACAAACAAUCGAUCAAAACGCUUUCAAGGGUUUAAGUAGCUUAACAGAGCUCUACCUGAAUAACAAUUCUAUAAAAGUAUUAUCUUCCAACAUAACUAACUAUCUAUUGAAACUGAAAGUUUUAAGCAUAACUUCCAAUAAAUUAAAAGAGAUUGAACCAGCUGUAUUUGACUUACUUCCCUCACUGUACAAAUUAUACUUGAGUAAUAACAUCGAACUGGGUAGUGAUCCAAAUAAAUUGAGCCCCUUAAAAAUGCCGUUGAGUAAAAGUGUUCUUACUUUGGCGAUUGAAAAUAUAUCACUAGCAGAUAUUCCCAAAGACUUAUUUGGCGAAGCAUCUCACUUGAUUUACUUAAAUAUAGCACUAAACCCAUUACGAAACAUUACUGAUUUGCCAGUAAGCCUGAGGUACUUAAAUAUUUCUGGAACUUUAAUUGAAACUGUAUCGAAGGAUUCUUUUUCUAACCUUCAUUUAGUCCAAAAACUCUCCUUGGAGUCUAUGCCCUUACUCAAGGAAAUUAAGGCAAAUAGUUUCAGUGGUUUGGCAAAUAUAGAGCAACUUUUCAUUAAGAACUGUACAAAGUUGAGUUUUAUCUCUGAAAGAGUGUUUAGUGAGUCUCAUCCUAAAAUGAAGAGAGUUGUGUUAUCUCACUGUGCACUGACUACGCUUCCUAGAUCUUUGCAGCCUUUGCUGGACCAAACUGAAUAUUUGGACCUCCGGGACAACCCUUGGACUUGUGACAGUGGUGUGUCUUGGAUACUGAACCUCAACGUAGCAAAUGUAACAUCAGAACUAAAAUGUGAAAAUCCGCCUGAAGCGAGGGGCAUGCUGAUGGAAGAUUACUUCAAACCUAGAACUUUACAUCCUCACACUAGCCUCAUACGGGCAGCCAUCUUAGUUAUGUUGGUAGCAGUGCUCGUAGCCAGUGUGGUGGCAAUGGUGAAACAGAUGAACAAACAGAAGGCGAAGACCUACCGUCAGUUAAACAACAUCAAGCUAGAGGACAGGACCACAAGAGUUCUACCUUCACUGUAAUAUAAGCGAGAAAUAUGGCUUACUGCAUAUAAACACUUUUACCACCACAUACUGUACAUAUAACUCACCCUAAGUUGAGCUACUGGCGUAACCCAUGCAGCGAUCUUUGCACAUUUUAUACUUAAAAUUACGUUUUUGUUCUUCCCCAAACACAACAAAAUUCACAAUAAUGAAAAUGGCAAUACAAUUUAAUAUUUUGAUUUGACACCCCACACCUAUUUUUUUGUAUAACAGCCUGAAAAUGUUAGGAGGCUUUUAUACUUAAAUUUGUAUGUCUUUUAUAAAGUAAUUCAAUUUUAAAAGUUUCUUAUGUAGCUUUGAUUAUGUUAUCAGCUUGGGACACUGCUAUGACGUAAUUAAGAUUAUUUUCCUCAUACAACAGCAAAACCGCCGUUUUUAAUACAUGCGUUGCGGGUCUAAAGUACCGUAGCUUUUACUGUAGGCUUUUUACUCCCUAGGGAGUAAAAAGCUUAUUAUUCCCUAGAGAGUAAAAGUCAGCUGUUGUAAAUGAUUGUAAGAAAUCACAUGCAUAAAAAUUAUUUAGGGCUGUCAAUUGAUUUAAACAGUUUUAGCUUAUUUUUGCAUUCUUGUCAAUAUUUUGACAUAUCAAUGGUAUAAUGUACAGUAAUACAAUCAUAUUAGACUAAACGACCGAAUCACUUACUACACAGCUGCUUAUUGCAUCAGCCAAAUUUAAAACAAAUUGAAAGUUGUUUUGAAAGGUUAUAUUUACAUAAAAAGAAUUGUUGUUUCCUAACUUUGUUUGUUAUUGUAUUAAUGUUGCUUUAUGACGAAAAAUAUAGUUCAUCACCUGGGAAAAAGGUGUCUUUUCAACCCUCACUCAUUUUCCAUUCUUGAGCUCGGAUCAAAAAGAGUCACUUUAUUCCCUAGUGAUGAAAUAUACUAGUAUUUUUAUAGGACCAUUUACUUUAAACCAUUGACUAUUGGAUACUAAAGUAGACAUCCCAUCUAUAUAAAACAGCUUUUGCCAAUUUCUUUAUAAAACAAGAACAUAGUUGUGUGAGCCAGGUACAGAAUGCAAUAGUGUAUACAAUUAUUUUCCCUACCUUAUUUUUGGGUCAUAACAGUUGCUAUAGCUCACAAUAAGCCGUUCCAUCAGUUUGACUUAGUAAAUCAACGGUAUCAGCAAUCUGACACAUACUUUUUCCUAUUAGCUUGUCAACAACCUUUAUCAUGGGUAAGCGGUGGGAGUAACUAUGAUAUUUUAUAGGGAAAAUUACAAAAAUUGCAAUAACUUUUGAAUUGUAGUUUUUACAGCAACAGGGGUUGUACUGUUAAGAAUUAUAAGGACCAUAACAUGCUAAUUUUAAUCAAUACUGGCUUUUUUCAAAGAUCAGUUUUCUGUUAUUUUAUGGAAUUAAGGUAAAAGAACAUAAGCUACAAUAACUGUUGAACCGUAAUUUAUACAGCAAUUCUGCUACAACAAUUCCCUUAGGUUGCAAUUCUCCUAGGUUGGAAUUUUCUUAGGUUCAAUUAGGUUGGAAUUUCCUUAGAUGCAAUUCUGCUUAGGUUUUAUAAGUAAUUUUGUUGUACAAUUUUGUUCAGAAUUUAAAAGACUAUAAAAUAGGUUUUUAUGAGAAAAUCACUAUAAAAAUUUCAAAAAAUGAAAAAUGCCUUGAGUUACCAUGUACCUACAUUAGAUUAGUACCUACAUUCCAAAUUUCAACAAACUCAGACUACAGGUGUUGUCUGUAGCUCUACACACACAUACAGACAAACAUCAGUUCGAAAACCACUUUUUUUAAUUCAGGGGGACCCAAAACGAGUGUACCCUCUCAGAACUCUAGCUAGAAUUUUUUUUCAAUUUUCAAAUU